AUGAGCCACCAAAGAUAUCUCUCCCACGAUCCCAUCAAGGAACCCCAUUCCGUCUCCGUCAAAGUCCUUCGGUUUGUUUGUACCCUCAAUGCCUGGCACCCCCACCUCAAGAGCUCCCGUCUUGAACCCAGCUCCAUCCCUCUGAUACUGACUGACCCUCUCUCUCGUCUACACAGCCUAUCAUGCCCGUCUCUCGUACCGCAGUACCCGAUCGAGCCGCCCUUUAAGCCCUCAACUACCACCACCACCGCCAUCGCCGCCGCCGCCGACGCCUCACCUCUGCCCGCAUCGCUCGCCUACCACCCCAGCAGCACCAACCCGUCGCCGUUUCUCCUCAGCCCGAUCCUCAACCUACCCGUGUCGUUUGGCUCCGCCUACGUCGGGGAGACGUUUAGCUGCACCCUCUGCGCCAACAAUGACCUCGACGACAGUAGUAGCACCGCGACGACGAAGCGCCAGAUUCGCGACGUCCGCGUCGAGGCCGAGAUGAAGACGCCCGGGCAGACCAAGGCCCAGAGUCUCGAGCUCGGGCCGGCUCCGUCGUCUCAGGAAUCCGCUGCUGUUGGCGCCGCCGCUGCUGCUGCGACGGAUCUGGCACCGGGCGGCACCCUGCAGAAAAUCGUCUCGUUUGAUCUCAAGGAAGAGGGCAACCACGUGCUCGCCGUGACGGUGAGCUACUACGAGGCGGCCGAGACGAGCGGCCGCACGCGCACCUUUCGCAAGCUAUACCAGUUCAUCUGCAAGCCCUCGCUGAUUGUGCGCACAAAGGUUGGCGUUUUGAAAGCGCCCGCCCCCAAGAAGAAGAAGCAGCAGCAGCAGCAGCAGCAGCCGCCGCUUCGGCGGUGGGUGCUAGAAGCGCAGCUGGAAAACUGCAGCGACGACACGAUGCAGCUCGACAGGGUCGUCAUGGAGCUGGAGCCGGGGUUGACAUGCCGCGACUGCAACUGGACGGCGGGGGCGGGAGCGGGGUCGGGGUCAGGAUCGGCGGGUGUGCAGAAGCCGGUGCUGCAGCCCGGCGAGGUCGAGCAGGUGUGCUUUGUGAUAGAGACGCGGCGCGGCGGAAACGAGGAGGAAGAGGAGGAUGUGGAUGUGGUGGCGAGGGCGCGGGCCGCCGGCGGACCGGACGCGCGUGUCGUGUUUGGCGUGCUGGGCAUUGGCUGGCGUGGGGAGAUGGGUAAUCGCGGGUUCCUCUCGACGGGCAAACUGGGCACGCGGGUCGUGCGGUGA